GUGAGUUAGAGCCAGCAUUUUGUUUUCAGUAGAUUUGUGGCGGGGACGGAGGUUAGCUGGCGGCCGUAAAGAUUUCCUGAAAAACCCCAAAUCUCAGGUUUUUCUAUGGCAAACGGUUUCUAGGUGCCUGCUGACCAGCCGGUUUGCUCCAGCUCCAGCUGCGCUGCGUGUGCCCUGGCGUGCUGCACGCGGCGCACACGAGCUGCCCGUGCGCAGACGGCGGCUGCCGCCCAGCCUCCGCAGUGCCGAUGAAGUCAGGUCAGGACGCCCUGGUUCCCUUGCCAGCUUUUGUUCUGCUCGUUACAAGGCACGAGCACAAUGUCUAGUGUCCUGGGGAUUCACUACUUGUAGCCCAGAAAGGAAGGCGGCUGUUUCUUGAAGCAGGCUCGUACGCUGAGAGUUGAAACUGCUCCAGGUUUGCUGUCUCCGCUGCUUUCGUUUUCUACCUGACACACACUGCGAGACGAAGGGACGCCCAUCAGUCUGAGGGGGAAAGAAAAGAGUAGCCCUUUGCAACUGAGCUGGAAAGGCUGCGAUCUGCUGCUUUGCAGCCACACUCAACUGAAAUAGAGAUUUAUUGAAAAAAUCAGUGACCCUGACAAAAACAGCGGAAGCCGUUUGAAGGGGCCGAUGGGCGCUGAGGAUUGAAAGCUUUCUCAGAUGUUGCUACCAGACUUGAAGAAAAGUGCUCAGUGCCCAAAACCUUAUCCAGCGUCUCUUCCAACGAUACAAUCAGUCCAGUAAAAGUUGAACAAAAGGAGAUUUUUUGCAGAUUGGUUCCUGUUUCUGAUCAAUCCCAGUUUUCUGAUCAAAGGAUAGAAUGGUUUGAGAGAUCUGCCGGGUGCUGAUUGACCACUCAGUAAGGGUCAGCUGCAUGUAAGGAUGCAGGUCAGGAGCCUACCUGAGCUUUCCAGAGAUGGCCCAGGUGUGAGAGGGAGAAGGACCGGAGUGAGAAGAACACCUAGAGAACCAACUCCUCUCUCUUUGUACUUGCGUCAAAAAUAAUUUAAGAUACAACAGAAAAGAAGAUGACUUCCUCCUUGUGGUAUAGCUCCAUGGCUAGCACCUCCAUCCCUGGUUUGAUCAUUUUCUGCACUUCCUUUUACAUCCAGAAGUUGGAAUCAGCCCAGUUCAGUGUAAUUGGACCUGAUCAACCAGUCACUGCUGUUGUGGGACAGGACAUCAUACUAUCCUGCCACCUGUCCCCCAGAAUGAGUGCUGAGAACAUGGAAGUGAGAUGGUUCCAAAAUAACUUUGAAACUUAUGUCCAUCUGUACCGUGAUGGGAGAGAUUAUUAUGAACAACAGAUGCCCAAAUAUCAGAAAAGGACAGAGCUGCUGAAAGAUGGCAUCAUGGAUGGAAACAUUUCCUUGAAGAUCCUUAAUAUUGAACGUGCUGAUGAAGGGCAGUACAACUGUUUUGUUCAGGAUGGCAUUACUCAUGAUGAAACCAUAUUGGAUUUACAUGUUGCAGUUUUAGGUUCUGUUCCUCUCAUCUCUGUGGAAGAUUACCAGGAUGGAGGGAUCCAUGUGGUUUGCCAAUCAGCCGGCUGGUUCCCAGAGCCCAAGUUGGUAUGGAGAGAUCCCAGUGGGCAGCAUUUACCAUCAGUUUCUGAAACAAAAGCUCAAAAGGACAAUGGCUUGUUUGAAGCAGCAACUUCUAUUGUUAUAAAAGAAUAUACUAACUCAAGUUUGUCAUGUUGGAUCAGAGACAAGUACCUUAGCCAAGGGAAGGAAUCAGCAGUUUAUAUAUCAGACCAAUUUUUCCCUUGGGUUAAUCCCUGGAUGGUGGCUCUGAUUGUGAUCCUGGUGAUUUUAUCUGGUUUCCUUGUCCUGAUCAUUUAUUUCUGCAAGCUAAGAAGUGACCUUCUGAGACAACUUGGGUGGAGAAGAGACGUCAUCUGUCCAGGGCUGGGAAGAACUGCGCCAGCUGUGGAGAAAGAGAAAGUGACUCUGGAUCCAGACACGGCUCAUCCUUCCCUCAUCCUGUCAGAGGAUCAAAGAAGUGUGACAUGGAAAGGGACACAGAAGCAUCUGCCCAACAAUCCUGAGAGAUUUGACUUCUGGGGCUGUGUGCUGGGCUGUGAGAAAUUCACCUCCGGGAGACACUGCUGGACGGUGGAGGUGGAAGUGGAGACAGGGAAAUUCUGGGCUGUGGGGGUUGCCAGAGAGUCUGUGGGGAGGAAGGGAGGGAUCAAAUUUAAUCCUGAAGAGGGAAUCUGGGCUGUGGGGUUGUGGGGGGGCAAGUUCCAGGCUCUUACUGCCCCUGAUCUCACGCCCCUGUACCAGAUGCCCAACAGGAUCUGUGUUUGUCUGGAUUGUGCAGGGGGGUGGGUGUCAUUUUCUAAUGGUGAUACUGAAGCCCUGAUCUUCACCUUCCUGUCAGCCUCUUUCACUAGGGAGAGAAUUCGGCCCUGGCUCUGGCUGUGGGAGGAGGGAGCUGAGAUCAGACUGUGCAAUUGAGACAGUGCACCUGUACCAGCUCUCAGUUCAGUGGUUUUCAACCUGUGGUCCACGUAAGGGGUCUGCAAAAGAUGACUACAUGUUUUGGAGGUGUUGGGCCAUAUCUCCUGCACCUAUGGAUAAAGUAUUGAUCUUAGAACUAGUGGGGAGGUGGAAGUCAUGGUAACAGGCAGGGCUUCUGGAACAGAGGCAGGGGGUCUGUUUAGCUGAGUAAGGAGCCUUAGUACCCUUUGGCCUAUCCAGGAUCCCCACUCCUAUGGGACAUGCUGGCUUCUUCCGGUUCCCUUAUAGGGGUCUACUCCCCACCUGGGCUCUACUCUUCACUCAGAGCCCUGGGAUCCUGGAUCCUCCACAUCUGCCCAAGACAGGCUAGACGCUGUCCAGGCCGCACCAGCCAAUGGUGGGUGGGAGCAGAUGUAAAUGCACAGGUUCUGGCUUGAUCCCAUAUCCCCAGUUGGAGACAUCUGAAAAAGCCCAUACUGGAGCAGGUCAAGGAUCCUGGCAAAGCAAAAAUGCAGUAUUUGGGGUUCCUCCUUCCCCAGCUGGUUCACAGCAUUCAAGGUGCCUAGCAUUGGAGGUAUAGUGGUGAGCCCAGAUGCCGUUUAAGUAGUUCACCUGGGUUCACUUCCCAGCCAGUGCAACUCCUUUUCUCUUUCUGCCACUUCUGCUUCCAAACCACAGGGGAAGGGAUGGAAGAGAAAGGUGAUCCAGAAGAAAAACAAGGAUCUCUGCAGGCCAGAGUGUAGGCUUUUCCCCAUGUCUGGGUAUUCGCCCCAGUGCCCCAAAGGUUGGAUUAGGUGAUGGGUCAGCGACAGCACCUCCCCAGCCUUGUCCUUGUUAGUGUUGUGGUGAGUGUCUCUGUUGUCCUGUGGGCACCCCGGGUUGUCUGCUGCUUUACCCACCCACCAAACCUCACCAUCUGCUCCUUGAGUUCCCACCACCAGCACUUCCCUACUGAGCAGUGUGAGGCCUCUGCGAGAUGCCCCCACUGCCGUCCAUGCUGCCCACAGCCUCCAGGGCACUGCUCCAGGUGCUUUUUGGAGUAGGCAGGUAUUUCUUGUUGGGUAGUGCAGUGGGAGCAUGCUCAAUCCAUCAGGGAGAGAUCGAUGGCUUGAAACCAUCCACUGCUAAUUUUUUCCCCCCUCGUAUGUUCUCUGGAGGUAGUUUUAACUUUUCCAUCAAUUCUGAAGCUUUGCUCCCAUUUUGAUAGAAAGGAGAGCCAAUCCCAGGUGUCUGAAUCCUCCUCUUGAUGUUUGUGAUGAAGAGAAGCAGAACAGUGCAAUUGUGGAUAAACUCAUCUGACCCCAUGGGAUGAAUGAAGGGUGCUGGGCUGCUGUGUGGGCUGCACUGUGGGUGUGCGGGUGAAUCCAUGGCAGUGCCCUGGCAAUGGGUCCAGCCUGCACACAGCAAGUGCUGGUCCCAAGGCAUGCUGUGCCUGGGGAGCAGGGGCCAGUAUGGGAUGUGUGGAAAUAAGUUUAACCAGGCCUCUUACUUGACUAAGAGGAGAGACAAAGAGAGAGAAAGAGAAGAGAAAAAGAUGUUGAUGUUUC